AGAGAAGGAGUCCACCAAGGCGGCUAAGUCGCUAGAAUAUCUGACGAUACCACAGCUGCUAGACCUUUGCGUGAAGAAGCAGGCCGAAGGGCACGGAUCAGAGAUCUUGCGGGUGCUCGACCUGCGCACCAAGGAGACGAAGCAGAGGGACGCAGAGCGAGCCCUACGCCAUAAGGAGCACUUGCGGGAGCUAGCGCGCUGCCAGCAGCGGCAAAGGCAGAAGGCGCGAGCCCAAGAGCAGCAGUGGCUCGGUAAGGAGAGGCUCAGGAAGAGACAGCAGGACGAGGACAAGGCCGCGAAACAAUUGGCGACGCUGAGGAAGGACAUUGAGCACCAGAUCAAGGUGCAGAAGGACUCGGAGGCGAAGUGGAACCGCAUAAAGGCGGAAAGGGAUCGAGAAUUAGAGCGGCAAGCUGUGUUAAGAAAGCGCGGGCAGAAAGACCAACUGGAGAAAGACGAGCGGCGGCAGAGACUCGACGUGAUCAGGCAGAUAGAAGAGGAGAGGGAGCUAGAGAAGCGCCAGGAGGAGAAGUUGGAGCUGGAGCUAGAGCAGCAGAGGGAGAGAUUCAUGCAACACCAGAAGCUGCACACAGAAGCCCUCUACAGCCAUCUCCUGUUCGGAGAUCUCUAUCCGCAGGAGUACAGCAGCAACAGCAACAGCAACAGCAGCACCAGCACCAGCACCACGACGACCUCGUCGACGACAUUCCCACACACAGCAUCCUUCUGUUCGUCGCUGAUGCAAAACGAAAUGGUUAGCAUACCGAUGGCCAAUCUGAAUGGCGGCCUCAAGGCGGCGUCUGGACCGGCCGGUGCCUCGGCCACUGGCGGUGGCGUGCGAUACUUUUCGCAGUUUAGCAAAUCGGCCACUGCCAGCACGACCACGAUGGUGCACCAGCAGCAGCACCAACAGCACCAACAGCCCCAGCAGCAGCAGCAGCAGCAGCUGCUGCAGCGGAAGCCAACAGCCAAUGGCGAUCUCCACGCGAAUGGCAGAGUGGCGGCUAUCGUUCCCAAUGGGAUGCGCAUCAAAACGGAGCAACAAGAUAUGCUGCUGGAGUCCCUUACUGUGAUCAAACCAGAUGUGAUUACCAAGACGGAGGCCACAGCAGCAGCAGCAGCAGCACAGACACCACCGGCAGUGGCACCGGCAGCAGCAGCAGAGCCAAUAGAAGCUGCUCCUGUCUCAGAUGCACCAUUGGCGCUGCUCAGCAACCAGCAACAGGCAGCAGCAGCAGAGGCAGACGACCCAGAGCUGGACAUUGUGAUCAACAAUGUGGUGUGCUCGUUCAGCGUGCGAUGCCACCUCAAGCUAAGGGACAUUGCGUUGCGCGGCUGCAAUGUGGAGUACCGCAGGGAGAACGGAAUGGUAACCAUGAAGCUGCGACGUCCCUAUACGACGGCCUCCAUUUGGUCAUCGGGUAGGAUCACCUGCACAGGGGCCACCUCUGAGAUAAUGGCCAAGGUGGCAGCCAGACGGUACGCCCGGUGCCUGGGUAAACUCGGUUUUCCCACACGCUUCCAGAACUUUCGCAUCGUGAAUGUUCUGGGUACCUGCAGCAUGCCCUGGGCCAUUAAGAUUGUCAACUUCUCGGAGAAGCAUCGGGACAACGCCAGCUACGAGCCGGAGUUGCAUCCGGGUGUCACGUACAAGAUGAAAAUGCCAAAGGCCACGCUGAAGAUCUUCUCCACGGGAAGCAUUACAGUGACAGCCGCCAGCGUGAAUGAUGUUGAAUCCGCCAUACAGCAUAUCUAUCCACUGGUCCAUGAGUUCCGCAAGCAGCGAUCGCCCGAAGAGCUGCAGCAUUUAAGGGCUAAGCAGAACAAAAAUGCCGGAAUAACUGGCACCCCCGCCGCCGCCAACAACAUCACCGAUGCCAGCGAAGCCCGGGUACUGGAGGAUCAGAUCCUCACGCAGUCGAAGACUCAGUCGCGCAGCGAUAUCUUGGUGAAUGCCACCGCUGCCCAUAGCAAGUCAAUACCUGGCAGUGCGGCUGGGGAUCUGGUUAAUGCAGCGGUCUGCAAUGUGCAGCGGCUGAAGCAGAUCGAAUCGUAUCGCCAGCUGUCGAGUCAGACGCAGGAGGAGCGCCGCCAUAUACCCUUCCCCAGGGACAAGUCGGAGGCAGGGCUGUUCCCCCAUUCGACACCCAGGUCGCCACCGGGCGACAAUAUCUGUGCCAAUGCCCGGCGACGGGCCACCGAGUGCUGGGCCACCAAGCUGCAGAACAAGCGGCCGCGUUACAACGAUCCCAGCUUAUUGGCGGCGGGCAAGACAACGACAUCGACGAGCUCCAUUGCCCCCUCCACCGCCUCCUCCUCAUCAAAUCCCGCCAUCCAAUCCACCACCACUAUCAGCACCACCAGCGCUUCCGCCACCACCAUUACGGGCCCCAUUCUGCCGCUCUCAUCGCUAACGCCCAUUGGGACGAUCAGUGGCAGCAGGCCAUUUGGCCUGAUGGCCGCACGCACAAUGAUCCCAGCCACGGGGACGAUUAUCAAGAUCAAGCAGAGCUGCAUUAAGCCACUGAAUCGCAAUGCUCUGGCCGCAUUCACCGCUGCCUCCAGUGGUAGCAUCGCUACCGCCGUCAAUGCCACUGCCACAGCCACAGCCAACGUUGCUGGUGGCUCUGCUGCUUCUGCUUCUGCCGUCACCCUAGCGGCGAUCAAGAGGGAGCGGCAGUUCAGCAGCAACUCGGAUUUGGAUAUUGAAAUGGGCUGGCCAUGAUGUGGGAUGAUUGAGUGAUUGACCAGAGACAGACACGGAGAUGGAGAGACGAGAGAGAGACAAAGCGAAAGAGAUAGUGAGAGAGGGAGAGAGGAACAAUAUAUCGUCGUUGCCUAUGCCAAAAUAUAUAGAAAUUAGAGCAAACCCCAAACAAAAUACAACAACACAAAAACAAACAGAAAAACACAGAGACCGAAAGAAAAGAAAAGGACGAGAUCGUUUCUUUCAGUGUUUCUUGAACUUCAUUUUCGAUUCGAUUCAAUUCAUGUCUUGUGUUGUUCUCUGCAUUUAAACGAAGGAAGGAAACGGAGGACACAAACGCAGAACGAGAAUCGCGACUAAAACAAGAGCCAAAAAUGUAAUACUAAGAUUUAUGUGUAAUUUCAUCCCCCAAUCAACAACACACAAUCCCACAAGAAAAACAGAGAUCAGAGAAUGGUAUUGCACGUACCAUGCGCAUCCCACAAGAAAAAUGAUCCUAGAUAUAGAAUUAAAUUUCAACAAAUAGGCAAUAUACGGUUUAUAUUCUAAUAUAUAUUCUAUAAUACGUAGACAUUCAGUUACGUAGACCCCCCCCG